AUGGCGAAAGACGUGAGCAGCGACGAACUGGCGCGGGAGCGCGAGCUCACGUCUCCGCCCGAAACGCUCCUGACCCCAGACGCCCACAAGCUCACGCAGACGAUGGACCAAGACACAGGGCCUGUGACAUCUCCGUACAUGGGCGCGCAGGUCCAGGUGCACUUCCGCAGCGGCCUGCCCUUCCACAUCCCCCGGGUCCUGUGGCGAAAGGCCCGCGCCAAGGCGUUUUACAGCAGCGCCGACCAAAACUACCACCUGCCCAACGUGCCCGACGCGGCCGGCCACGUGCUCAUCCACUACCUCGUCGCCGGCACCUACCAGACCCUCAAGCAGUCGACGGGGCUGAGCAGCCUCGAGGUCGCCGUCUACGUCUACACGACGGCGCUCGCGUGCCGGCUUCCCGCGCUGGCCGACCUCGCCAAGGCGCGGAUCGCCCGCUUCGCCGACGGCCUGGGGAGCCCGGCGCAGGUGCUGCGCGUCGUCAGCGAAGGCGCCAGGCUGCUGGCGCGCGAGGAUCCGUGGCUCGUCGGCUUCGUGGCGUCCCACGUGCGUCGCGUCCUGGAGGCCGCGCGCGCGCCCGGCGAGGACGAGGUGCUGCGGUGCUUUGGGCCGCUUGACGCGUUUUCCACGAUCCUGGUUCGGAGCAUGAUACAGAUCUGCGCCGCCGCCGUGGCGACGCCGGCUGUGUCUUGCGAGGAGCCCGUACUGGAGAAGCCGGAGCCUCGGGAGGAGAAGACGUCUUAUGCGCAUGGGUCUCCCCAACUCGAGCAGCGACCUACGGAAGCGGAGCGUGUUCUGGAUGAUCCACCUGCGCCAGAGCCGGAGCCGGAAUGGAUGAUCCAAGCCGAGCCUGCCGUGGUGAACGUGCCUUGCACGACAACGGCGAGGUGGGCGUUUGAUCAACCAGCGCACGAGGCACCGCCGGAAGCGGAGGCGAUGCCAGCAGAAGAGCCCGGGUGGACGCUCGAGCCAGUGUCGGAGCCCGCCCCUCCGGAGUGCGUGCCGGAGCCAGCGCCGGAAAGAGACUUGUGGGAAACGUGGGGCCAACCCAAGAAGGACAAGAAGCUGAAGAAGAAGAAGGGGCUGCUCUGA